AUGACUUCCGGAACUUGUCUUUGUGGAAACGUUUCCAUCUCCUACAGCGGAGAGCCCGCGCUCAAGGCACUCUGCCACUGCACCGACUGCCAAAAGAUCAGCGGCAGCGCAUACAGCGUCAACAAUGUCGUCUCUGGCGAGGGUUUCAAGGUCACUGGCAACCCCAAGGCCUUCACCAAGACCGCCGACAGUGGAAAGAAGAUCACCAGCUACUUCUGCGGUGACUGUGGAUCCACUCUCUACCGUGACGGCGAGAAUUUCCCUGGCAUGAAGAUUGUCAAGGCUGGUGUGUUGGAUGGCAAGGAUGUGCUUAACGAGAGCAAGCCUAACGUCGAGUUGUUCGCCCCCACAAGACCGAAGUGGAUUGCUGCUUUGGAUGGUGCUGAGCAGAAAGAGACCAUGUAGAUGGUGAAUCUUGAUUUGAAUAAUAUUUUUGGUUGGGUGUGACAAUUGGACUUUUUGGAAUAAGCUGCGAAGCUUCUGUCAAUUAGCUUACUGUCUGUAGUCAGUACGAGAUGAGCACGAUAUACUUGGAAGUACCCACAUGGUAUGCGUUUGUCUCAUGAUUGAUCAUUUAAUAGUUCCUCUGUCGUUGGGAGAAUCAUCGGCCCAAGAAUUUUCAUCCUCAGUCAGGACCUUCACACUGCACAGUGCUCAGGAUCUUUUGCUUCUUCAUCCCAUAAUUCAGGUCGGGGUAAUGGCGGUCGUAACAGUGAACACGUCUCGUUUCCUACUCGGAGCUCGAGUCCUCGGCCUCGCG